AUGGCCCUGGUGCAGGGCGCCGAGCCCGCGGCGGGGCCCUCCCGCUGGCUCCCCACGCACGUCCAGGUGACGGUGCUGCGGGCCCGCGGGCUGCGGGGCAAGAGCUCGGGCGCGGGCAGCACCAGCGACGCGUACACGGUGAUCCAGGUGGGCCGCGAGAAGUACAGCACGUCGGUGGUGGAGAAGACCCCGGGCUGCCCCGAGUGGCGCGAGGAGUGCUCCUUCGAGCUGCCGCCCGGCGCCCUGGACAGCCUGCUGCGGGCGCAGGAGGCGGACGCCGGCCCGGCGGCGCCCUGGGCCGCGGGCGCGGCCGCCUGCGAGCUGGUGCUCACCACCAUGCACCGCUCGCUCAUCGGCGUCGACAAAUUCCUGGGCCAGGCCACCGUGGCGCUGGACGAGGUCUUCGGCGCGGGCCGCGCCCAGCACACACAGUGGUACAAGCUGCACUCCAAGCCAGGCAAGAAGGAGAAGGAACGCGGGGAGAUCCAGGUCACCAUCCAGUUCACUCGAAACAACUUGAGCGCCAGCAUGUUUGACCUGUCCAUGAAGGACAAGCCACGGUCCCCCUUCAGCAAGCUCAAGGACAAGAUGAAGGGCAAGAAGAAGUACGACGUGGAGUCCGCGUCCGCCAUCCUCCCCAGCAGCGCCCUGGAGGACCCCGAGCUGGGCAGCCUGAGCAGGAUGGGCAAGGCCAAAGGCUUCUUCCUCCGCAACAAGCUGCGCAAGUCGUCCCUGACCCAGUCCAGCACCUCGCUGGGCUCCGACAGCACCCUGUCAUCCGCCAGCGGCAGCCUGGUCUUCCAGGGCCCCGGGGCCGAGCUCCUCACCCGCUCCCCGAGCCGCAGCAGCUGGCUGUCCACCGACGGGGGCAGGGACGCUGCCCAGUCCCCCAAGCUCUUCACCCACAAAAGGACGCACAGCGACGAGGCCAGCCAGAUGCGAGCAGCUCCUCCCCGGGCCCUUCUCGACCUCCAGGGCCACCUGGACCCCGCCCCCCGCUCCUCUCUCUGUGUCAACGGGAGCCACGUUUACAACGAGGAGCCCCAGGGCCUCUCGCGGCACCGCAGCUCCAUCUCGGGCCCAUUCCCGCCCUCCAGCUCCCUGCACAGCGUUCCUCCUCGGCCCUCCGAGGAGGGGUCCCGGGCUGCAGAGGACUCCUGGGGCAGAGGCAGCCGCCGCACCAGCAGCUCAGAGGCGGUGCCUGGACAGGAGCUGAGCACUCAGUCCAAGGCGCUGGCCCCUGAGGCCGGCCACUCUGGAGAGGAGGAGGGGGCCCAGCUCUCGGAGGGGAAGCCAGUGCAGGUCGCCACGCCCAUGGUGGCCUCCUCGGAGGCUGUGGCGGAGAAGGAGGGUGCCCGGAAGGAGGAGCGGAAGCCCCGGAUGGGCCUCUUCCACCAUCACCAUCAGGGGCUGAGUCGGAGCGAGUUGGGGCGCCGCGGCUCUCUCGGGGAGAAAGGGGGUCCCACCCCUGGGGCCUCCCCCCAUCAUUCAUCCACUGGGGAGGAGAAGGUCAAGAGUAGCUGGUUUGGCUUAAGGGAAGCCAAGGAGCCAACUCAGAAACCCAGUCCCCACCCGGUGAAGCCGCUCAGUGCUGCCUCCGUGGAGGGCAGCCCCGACAGGAAGCAGCCCCGCUCCAGUCUGAGCACAGCCCUGAGCAGCGGGCUGGAGAAGCUCAAGACAGUCACGUCCGGCAGCGUUCAGCCCGUGGCUCCGGCCUCCCAGGCUGGCCAGACUGUGGACACUAAGAAGCCGAAGGAUCCUGGGGCGCCAGACCAGUCCGCCAAGUACUACCACCUGACGCACGACGAGCUCAUCGGCCUGCUCCUGCAGCGCGAGCGGGAGCUGAGCCAGCGGGACGAGCACGUGCAGGAGCUGGAGAGCUACAUCGACCGGCUGCUGGUGCGGAUCAUGGAGACCUCACCCACGCUGCUGCAGAUCCCCCCGGGGCCCCCCAAGUAG